ACGGUCCAUCAUGGCUGCGCUCGUAUCAAGCAUGUUUCGCUGCUGCAGUUUGACAUCUCAAAAGUUUACCGGGAGAUUGCAAACGAAGCGUUAUGUGAGAGCGCUACGGAGAAGCCCGGUACGGGUUUUAUACCCUGGAGGUGACCAGGCUGAAGGCAAACUGAAACCUCAGAGCAAGCAGCAGCGGACAACGCGUACUGACAAGUCCCAUGAAAAAUCCGAGAGCAGCAGCUUGAAACCAGAGGUCAAAAGCAAGAACCGUCACGAAGCACAAGAGGAGAGCCAAUCACUGGACGUAAAAUUUGAGAAAGCGAUGCCCGGGGAUAAGAGACUGAGCAAAGUGGUUACAAUUGCUAAAUCCAAAAAAUUUCGUGAUCGUCAUGGUCAGAUCUUGCUUGAAGGGCGGCGACUACUGAUGGAUGCAUUAGAAGCCGGUGCUGUUUUGCAGACACUUUUUUUCAGCAGAGUUGACAAUUUAAAAGAACUUCCACUGUCAAAUUUAAAGCACACAAAUCUUGUCAAAGUGAAAUUUGAAGACAUUAAGAUCUGGUCAGAUCUGGUCACUCCACAAGGUUUAUUAGGGAUUUUUAGACGACCUGAUUAUGCAAAGAUGAAUUUUCCUGCAGUACAGAUACAAAAUUCACUGUCUUUGUCACUUAUUUGUGACAACAUCCGGGAUCCUGGAAACCUUGGUACCAUCCUGAGAUGUGCUGCUGGAGCAGGCUGUAAUAAAGUCUUGCUCACUAAAGGUUGUGUGGAUGCUUGGGAGCCAAAGGUUCUGAGAGCUGGGAUGGGAGCACACUUUCGCCUGCCAGUAAUCACUAGCUUGGACUGGGAUAUUGUGCCCAAUUACCUUUCUCCUGGCACCAGAGUGUUUGUGGCUGAUAAUAUCCAUCCAGAAAACUCUAAUAAAGAAAGCAGAAUGUCUGGAAAAGCUGGUGACUAUGGUUGGAUUUCUACUCAACCCAAAAAAGCAUCUCUUCAGGAAGACCAUGACUUUUCUAGUGAUGAUGAAAGCUCUGAGGAAGAUAGUGACAAAGAAGGUCUAUACAUCCCUGAUGUUCAGAUUCAGAGUUAUCACCAAAAUUGGGCUAGGGAACCAAGUGCACUAGUAAUUGGAGGAGAAACCCACGGCUUGAGCUUGGAGUCUCUGCUAUUGGCAGAAAAAUCUGGUGGCAAACGACUCUUUAUUCCAGUUGUACCAGGCGUAGACAGCCUGAAUUCAGCCAUGGCAGCAAGUAUCCUUUUAUUUGAAGGAAAACGACAAUUGCAAGAGAAGACGCAACAAAAAGUUUAAAUCUCUUAUCAAUAGUGUGUGUGUAUAUGUGUGUGUGUGUAUAUAUAUAUAUAUGUGUGUGUAUAUAUAUAUGUGUAUGUGUGUGUGUGUGUGUGUAUAUAUAUAUGUGUAUGUGUGUGUGUGUGUGUGUAUAUAUAUAUAUA